UAUUAAGUAAUGGGUGGACUGGGAGUGAUGGCGAAUGAAGAAACAGUGGAUUAUACAGUACAUGAAGCCUGGAAUGAAGCUACUAAUGUUUACCUGCUGGUGAUCCUGGUCAGCUUCGCUCUGCUCAUGUACGCGAGAAAAAAUAAGAGGAAGAUCAUGCGCAUCUUCGCGGUGCCUCCGACGGUCGGAUCUGCUCCUGAACCCAACUUCUACGACAGCAUGCAGAAGAUCCGGCUCAGACAGCAGCUGGAGAUGUAUUCACUGUCCAGGAAGUUUGAUCAGCAGGGUCAGGGUCAGGGACAGGAGUGUGUCCAGCUCUCCAUGGAGUGAAAAACCAGGAACAUCUACUAACAUCUCACACACGAACAGAGGACGACGCUUCAGUUUGAGUAUUUCAGAGAUUUGGGGUCGUGAUGCAUCAUGCAGUGCAGAUUUAUCCUGAUUAUUAAGCGUUUAUGAUUAUUUAUACAGACGAUGCUGCACCAGUAGGUGUCACUAGAGCAGCUUUAAUGGACCUUGAUGUUGAUUCUGCAGCUCUGACACUCAUAAGUUACUACACGUAUUUCUUAAUUUCUUACUACUUUGCCUCCUUGCUAAUACUCCGUUGUUUUAAAUCGUUAAAUUGGUUUGAUGAGGACAGGUUUUGUUCCACAGGUCUGUUUUGAGAAUGUGGGAACACGUCCUUCCAAAAGAUCCUAAACCAUGAGUUAGUCUUAAUUCUCCCACACUUCUGCAUGCAUUGACUAGCCCCCCAGUGGUCCACACUGGAAGAGACCACUCCUCUGAUCAUGUGAUCAGUCAGAAGAACUUUGCAUUACUGUUCCACACGUGCCAAACAUGUUCUCGCCACCCGUGACCCUAUAACGCCCCUCUUUACCAUCACAAAGAUCUUUUAUUUUGGUGUUCCUGGUGUAGAAUUGAGGACCCGCUGUACUGGUUCUGUUUUGUUUGUCUUAUGGAACGUGGUGAGAUGGUAACCGUAGCGUAGCUGUAUCAUACAGGGAGAUUCGCUCGAGAGAGGCCCCGAAUAUUCUGUAGUAACUCUCGCUAGGACGAAGCGAUCUGAACGAAACGACGUGCAACGUGCUCCUCGGGAUAGAGUCAUGUGAAAAAGUUAGGACACCCCAUGAGAACCUUUGUCUUUAUUAACAUAUUUAAACGUACAGACAUUUGUUCUCCACUUGUAAAUGAUUUUCCGGACAGUGAAAUGCCUCAGAGAGUCUUUAUUUUUUUUUAUUUUUUUGCUCUUUUAAUUUUUUCCAUUUUUGUUCAUUACAUUUUACAACUUGUGUUUAAAAGUAAUUUUUGUUUUAUCAUUUUUCAUCCCAGCUUUUCAAUAGGCGCAAGGCACACAGUAACACCGUGGACGGGGCACCAGAUCACAGGGCACACACACACACACACACACACACACACACACACUUUCACCUAUAGGGCAAUUCAGUGUCUCCAAUUAACCUGACUGCAUGUUUUUGGACUGUGGGAGGAAACUGGAGCUCUCAGAGGAGAACAUGCAAAGUCGUAGCCUAGUUAAGCUCGCCGAUACGUUCAGGAACACAAGCGCCACGUCCAAAUGUGUCUGGCAGAAAACGGAGAUCACGUCCAACAUCGCAUGUAAUGCAACCGAUUACACGUACGUCAGGGUAUGUAGGGUAUUGUUUAGGUUCAGAUCGCUUCAUCCUAACGGAAGUUUAGAAUAUUCGGGGCCUCGUUCGAGUGAAUCUCCCUGUAUGAUGCUCCUGUAUCAAGAUACUGGAAACAUCUUCACCCAUUCAUCAGGGUUUCCUUUAUAUGCUCACCUGUUUUCAGUUCCCUAACUGUUCCUCAGAUUGCCAAAAUUGGUGAAUUAGAGUGGUGGCAUCAUGGCACAGGCGCUAGUACUGGAGGUGGCUCGGGGUUGGAUUGGCUGCUUAGUAAGGGUAAGGGUGAAUGAGUAAGUGACAGUGUGCCCUCAGCAUUCCUGAUCGGUUAUUAAAGUCUAUUAUUACACCUCCAUUUGAAGCGCUGAGAGCCUCCUCCUCUCAGGCUGGUCACUGGACAGAGCAGGACCAGGCAGGCUGGGCACAAGGGGGCAUCCCUAUAGCCCCAAAGGUUUACUGCUGUCCUCCUGUGGCCUGAUUUCUGAUGGUUCGAUCCUAUCCUCAAAGAUCCAUAUUAACACGGCUAAACACUUCUGAUGAAACUGAUCAGAUGUUUUGAAGACCAGGACUAACUGAUGAUCAGGAGGAAUCACGUGUUCAAACAAACUCAAAUUCAUUUUUGCGCUUUUGCUGCCACCUUGUGGUCGUUUUAAAAAUCGCCGGUUUGUGGACCAGCAGGUUUCUCUUUCUUUAUUUUUCCUGCUUCCGUUUAAUGAAUGAAUUUAUGUUAGAAUUUGGUUCUAUGGCCAGAAAUAUCAUACUGUGAUGCUAAAUAAUAAGUUAUUUUCCUGAUACACGAUACUUUUCACGAUAUUUUGUCGUGUUGCAGCAAAACGAUGAAGUUACAGCAUGCAAUUAAAAGUUCAGAUCAAUUCAUCGUUUACACUUUAACCUGAUUUACUAACAAAAAUUUUAAUAACAGAAAACAAUAAAAUUGUACAAAAAAAUCACGUUAGUAAAAUAUCACAAUAUUAAAAUAACCAAUUCACCUGCUCUUUUCACUCUCGCAGCUGACAUUCCAAUUCAUCUUAAAGGUGUUCAGUUGUCUGUUCAUGUCUUUAUGGACAGGAAAGGGCCUUCCCCAAACUUGUCAGUUAUAACGUGUAAAGUAAAUUUUAGACACGUUAGCAAACAUCUGAACGGUCAUGUACUUUAGCCAUGUAAUUAAUAUAAAAGUUAGGGCAAGCCGUAGCCUAGUGGUUAAGGCACAGGACUAGUAAUCCAAAGGUUGCUGGUUCAAGCCUCACCACUGCUAGGUUGCUGCUGUUGGGCCCUUGAGCAAGGCCCUUAACCCUCGGUUGUUCAUACUGUAACUGUAAUGUAAGUCGCUUUGGAUAAAGGCGUCUGCUAAAUGGCAAAAAUGUAAAGGUAAAUAAAAGCUACUUUGCUGCCACUCUGUGGUUGUUGUAAGUAUUGCAGGUUUGUGAACUGGCGUUUUUUUCUUUUCUUGUUUUGUUCGUGUUUGAUAAAAUCUCCUGAGGACUGGGUGAUAUGACCAAAAUAUUGUGAUACUUAGAUAAUAAUAUGAUCUGUAUUACAAUAUGUAUAUAAAUAUAAGCGGGCAGAAUGAGGCGUGGUAUCGUGUUGCUGGAAUAAUCACAGAUUACCCAGGGAAAGUCGUCACCUUCAGUGCAGCGUGUCUCUCUAAAAUCCUCAAAACACGCCUCUGUAUCAGUGGUACCUUCACACAUAUGGAAAUCACCCAUGCCGUGGGUGCUGAUGCCCCCCAUACCAGGACACAUGUUGGCUUUUGCACUUAGCAGCUUCUCGUGUUUUUGCACCCGUCUGUGCAGAACCCUCGUGGUUCUGGUUCUGAAAGCAUUCUGAACCGUCCUGGUAAAGCUUCAGCUUUAACCGCUUUAAUCUGGUCACAGCUGAGUAACAGAAAACAAUUAUACCAAAAAAUUACGAUGGUAAAAUAUCACAAUAUUCAAAUUAGGAUUUACUGUAUACUUAUUGCUCAGCAGUAAAUUAAAUGCAUUCUAAUGUGUUUUAAUGAGUCUAUUUUGAAAAUACAAUGUUCAAAUCUACUGUAUAAUAUGUAUUUAUGAACCACAUUUCCCAAAUAGUUGGGACGUCAUGUAAAAUACAAUAAACUGAUUAAAGUAGAAAUAAAAGAUUUCCAAUGUUUCA